AUGAGCUCCAAGCACUCCUCUGACUGGAUCCCCUACAGCACUUUAGAUGAUGAGGGCAGCAACCUGCGGCAGCAGAAACUGGACCGACAGCGAGCACUCCUGGAGCAGAAGCAGAAGAAGAAGAGGCAGGAACCUCUGAUGGUCCAGUCUAACGUGGAUGGGAGAUCUCGCGCCCGCAGGACCAAGCAGAGCGAGGAGCAGGCUCCGCUGGUAGAGUCCUACCUCAGCAGUAACAGCAGCACCAUCUACCAAGUUGAAAACCAGCGAGCACUCCUGGAGCAGAAGCAGAAGAAGAAGAGGCAGGAACCUCUGAUGGUCCAGUCUAACGUGGAUGGGAGAUCUCGCGCCCGCAGGACCAAGCAGAGCGAGGAGCAGGCUCCGCUGGUAGAGUCCUACCUCAGCAGUAACAGCAGCACCAUCUACCAAGUGCAAGAAGCUGACCAGGAGGAAGCCGGGGUGGUGGGAGACUCACAGACCAAGAAUGACAAGGCCUCGGCCAGCUCAACUCCACAGACAAGCAGUGCCAAGAAGGAGAAGAGGGGAAAGCACAAAGGGAUCGAUGGCCUGGUUUCCCACCAGGAGGACGGUCCGAUACAGAUCCUGACGGUGGGUCACUCGGCCACAGAGGAGGGUGAGGGAGACCCCGUCGUGGGCUGCAUGCAGUCACAGACUAAACAGGACUUGCGGGUCACAAUGCUCAAGAAAGGCAUUUCUAGCAGUAUGAAUUUUGAUGAAGAAGAAGAUGAGGAUGAGGUUAGUUCCAGUUCUUCCCAGCUCAACAGCAAUUCGAGACCGGGUUCUGCCACGAGCAAGAGAUCGUGCAAGGAGGUGGCCUCUGCGUCCACCCCACCAGUGACGGAACCUGCCAUCAAUGUAGAUGACCUCGAGGAAUUUUCCCUGCGUCCUGCACCCCAGGGGGUCAGAGUGAAGUGCAGAAUCACCAGGGACAAGAAGGGCAUGGACCGAGGCAUGUAUCCCACCUACUACCUCCAUCUGGAGCGAGAGGACGGCAAGAAGGUGUUUCUGUUAGCCGGCAGAAAGCGAAAAAAGAGUAAAACAUCUAAUUACCUCAUCUCCAUCGAUCCCACGGAUCUGUCUCGAGGUGGAGAGAGUUUCAUUGGCAAGCUGAGGUCAAAUCUCAUGGGGACCAAAUUCACCGUUUACGACAGUGGCCUGAACCCCGGGAAAGGCAUCAGCAGCCACGAAGCAAGCAAUCCGCGUCAAGAGCUAGCAGCCAUUUGCUACGAAACCAAUGUUUUAGGAUUCAAAGGACCACGGAAAAUGAGCGUCAUCAUUCCAGGGAUGAACAUGGAUCAUGAAAGAGUGUCGAUCCGCCCACGAAAUGACCACGAGUCAUUGCUGGCAAGGUGGCAGAACAAGAACACGGAGAGUGUCAUUGAACUUCACAACAAGACCCCUGUUUGGAAUGACGACACACAAUCAUAUGUACUCAACUUCCAUGGCAGGGUCACCCAGGCUUCUGUCAAGAACUUUCAGAUCAUUCACGAUAACGACCCCGACUACAUCGUGAUGCAGUUUGGCCGGGUGGCGGAGGACGUCUUCACUAUGGACUACAACUACCCAAUGUGUGCCCUGCAAGCCUUUGCCAUCGCUCUCUCCAGCUUUGACAGCAAAUUAGCCUGUGAAUAG